AUUACAGUUUGAUUCUUCAGGUCAAAGAGAAUCAAUCAUGGUGAAAGCAUUCGUUUUAGCAGUUUUUUGUGUUCUUGCAACUGUGAACUGUGACCUUGUCAGGGUUCCUUUGCACAAAAUCGAUACUGCUAGAAGCACCCUCCGAGCAAAUGGCUAUCUAACCAAAGAAAACUCCUUGAAGAAAUACACCGAUGGCUCUGAAGCGUUGACCAACUAUAUGGACGCUCAAUACUAUGGUGAAAUCACUAUUGGAACACCAGGGCAGAAGUUCAAUGUUAUUUUCGACACUGGUUCCUCUAACUUAUGGAUCCCUUCCAAAAAAUGCAGAAUCCUGAACAUCGCAUGCCAAUUCCAUAAUAAAUAUGACUCCAAAAAGUCCUCCACCUACCAAUCGAAUGGAACUGAUUUCGCCAUCGCAUAUGGAACAGGUAGUCUAGAAGGAUUUUUGUCAACUGACACUGUUCAGGUAGCUGGGCUCAGUGCUAAAGGUCAAACCUUCGCCGAAGCCACCAAUGAACCUGGAGUAACUUUUGUUGCUGCUAAAUUCGAUGGAAUCCUCGGAUUGGGUUAUGACACCAUCUCUGUCAAUCAGGUUAAACCAUUUUUCUAUAACUUGGUUGAACAAGGUGUUGUAUCGGAAUCUGUAUUCUCAUUUUAUUUGAAUAGAGAUCCAAAUGCUGCAGUAGGUGGCGAACUCAUUUUGGGAGGUUCCGAUUCAAAAUACUACACCGGUGACUUUACUUACCUUCCAGUAACCCGCAAAGGUUAUUGGCAAAUCCAAAUGGACCAAGUCAACGUUGAUUCCGAUACGUUGUGCAAGGGUGGAUGCCAAGCUAUCGUUGACACUGGCACCAGUUUGAUUACUGGACCUCCAGAAGACAUUUCGGCGAUCCAAAGGGCUAUUGGGGGAACUGAAAUAACGGAGGGUGAAUAUGCUGUAGACUGCGAUAAAAUAUCUUCCAUGCCAAACAUUGAUUUCGUUUUGGGAGGAAAGACUUUCACACUAACUCCAGAUGAAUACAUACUGAAGGUCACUCAACUGUUCCAAACCACUUGCAUCUCAGGUUUCUCGCCGAUGGAUGUUCCACCGCCAGCAGGUCCCCUAUGGAUCUUGGGUGAUGUUUUCAUCGGAAAAUAUUAUGCAGAGUUCGACCUUGGAAAUAACCGUGUUGGACUUGCCCAAGCAGUAUGAAUUGAUUUUCCCAUUUCAAUAAAUACUAUUAAUUUUUG